UAUUUUUACAACAGAAUUGACUUUAUUUUCCAACCCGACAUGGAUGUACUCCCAAUGUGCAGCAUCUUCCAGGAACUCCAGAUUGUGCAUGAAACGGGUUACUUCUCAGCUUUACCAUCCCUGGAAGAAUAUUGGCAACAGACCUGCCUAGAAUUGGAACGUUACCUCCAGAGUGAACCCUGUUAUGUAUCAGCAUCGGAAAUCAAAUUUGACAGCCAGGAAGAUCUGUGGACCAAAAUCAUUCUGGCACGGGAGAAAAAAGAAGAAUCUGAACUGAAGAUUUCUUCUAGUCCUCAAGAGGACUCUCUAAUCAGUCCAAGUUUUAGUUACAAUUUAGAGACCAACAGCUUAAAUUCGGAUGUGAGCAGUGAAUCAUCUGACAGCUCUGAGGAACUUUCACCUACUACUAAAUUUACCUCUGAUCCAAUAGGUGAAGUUUUAGUCAAUUCAGGAAAUCUGAGCUCCUCGGUCACGUCCACUCCUCCUUCUUCUCCAGAACUGAGCAGAGAACCAUCCCAACUCUGGAAUUGUAUACCUGGGGACUUGCAUUCACCGGGGAAAAUCCGUAGUGGGACUGUGGGAAAGCCUGGUGACAAAGGCAGCGGAGAUGCCUCUCCAGACGGCAGAAGGAGAGUCCAUCGGUGCCAUUUCAAUGGCUGCAGAAAAGUUUACACCAAAAGCUCCCAUUUGAAAGCACAUCAGCGCACUCAUACAGGAGAAAAGCCUUACAGAUGCUCAUGGGAAGGAUGCGAGUGGCGUUUUGCAAGAAGUGAUGAGUUAACCAGACACUUCAGAAAGCACACCGGUGCCAAGCCUUUUAAAUGUUCUCACUGUGACAGGUGUUUUUCCAGGUCCGAUCACCUGGCCCUUCACAUGAAGAGACACCUCUGAGAGAACAGAGAGGUGAAUCCUGUGGGCUAAAAGGCGUCAAGGCUGAGACCCGGCCUUGGAAGGAGGGAUGCGUGUUCCAGCCAAAGCAUGCCAUUUUGCACCCUACCCAGUUGCCUCCAGGACCUCUACUUGGAAGGUCUUUUGAGGGCUAAAAAAGUCAUGUAAGAAGCGGCAUAGCAACCAUGGUGCAUGAUGUUUGGGUGAUCCUGGACUCGUCACUGGUACCUAACCUUCUGAGUGGCUCCUAAGCCUUUGCCGUGAGCAUGUGCACUGAGAAUGUUAAUGGGUGGGUUGACUGUAUGUUGAGGAUCUAUUACUGACUGUAUGAUGAGGCUGACUUUUUUUCCUUGUGGUAGCGGAACUGCAAGAGACAGGAAAAAAGGAGUUUGAAUGUUUUGUGUGUAAGGAGUAUACCAUGAGAUGAAAUGACCACCAAUCAUUUCUUGGGGGGUAGGGGUAUCUGCACCUUAGAAAAAAA